AGAGAUGCUCCAUUCAUCACUGAUCCACUGCAGGACCGUUUCAGGGGCGGGUGUGAAUUAUGGGCCCCUCGCUGUCACCGUGCCUGCUCUGCGCUGGACAUUUCACCUCGCCACAGUAAAUCCAAACCGGGGAUUACGUUCUGCUGAGUAGUGAUUUCAAAGCAAGUGCAGAAAUUUUCUCCUCCUCCUCCUCCCGACAGAAGACUUCGUCCUGCAGGAUCUGGGAUUGCACAGGGGUCUGGAACAACAUUCGCUGGAUAACAAGACAACCUGAGAAGUCGCUUUUUACGGGGAACUGACUCUUUCUCUCCAGGGAGGGGUGUGAGAACAGUUGUGUCUGGUUCACUGACUGGGCGUAAUUUGGACGCGCUCGGUUCAAAUAUUAAUAAUAAAAAAAACGGGGAUGCUUCGGCGACGCGCCGCUGGAAUCACAGAGAGAAGAGACAGGUGAGGUGCGGCUCAGGAACGCUCUUCCCUUCACAGAGAAGCUGCUGUAGAGCCGUCAGCCUUUUUCCUCCUCAGAGGCACCAGAGAGGGCGGGUUGGCACCUGCUUCAGCCUCUCAUACCUGGCCAUCUGCUGCGUGCAUGUGUGCUGCUGCCAUGACAACCGUGGCUCCUCCCCUUGCAUUUCUUCUCCUGCUGCUUCAGCUGGCUGAUGGCUCAUUCCCAGAGGAGCCUGGUCCUCUCAGCUACGUCCCUGUAGAGGUGGUCAGGAGGUACCCGGUGUUCCUGGGCCGGGCUCAUCGCUCAGCUCAGAAACAGGAGCUGUACAUCCAGACCGUCCUCCAAGUCAACCGCACUCUUUACAUCGGAGCCAGAGAUGACUUGUAUCGAGUGGAGCUGGAUAACAUGGUCGGAGAGGAGAUGUUUUACAGUAAGAAAAGGACAUGGGAGUCCAAUAAGAACGACAUCCGGGUGUGUCGGAUGAAGGGCAAACACGAGGGCGAGUGUCGUAAUUUCAUCAAGGUGUUGCUCAGCCAGCAUGGAGGUCUGUUUGUCUGUGGCACGAAUGCCUUCAACCCUCUGUGCACCAACUACACACGAGACACUUUAGAGGUGGUAGGAGAGCCCAUCAGCGGGAUGGCACGGUGCCCAUAUGACCCACGACAUGCUAACGUGGCGUUAUUUGCAGAUGGAAGUCUUUUUACCGGCACUGUGACGGAUUUCCUGGCCAUCGAUGCAGUGAUCUAUCGCAGCCUGGGCGACAGCCCUGCGCUCCGCACCGUCAAGCACGACUCCAAGUGGUUCAGAGAACCCUAUUUUGUGAGCGCCAUGGAAUGGGGGCCUCACAUUUACUUCUUCUUCAGAGAAAUGGCCAUGGAGUUUCAUCAUCUAGAGAAGGUGAUGGUAUCCCGAGUUGCACGUGUGUGUAAAUCAGACCUGGGUGGCUCUCAGCGCGUCCUGGAGAAACAGUGGACCACGUUCCUUAAAGCAAGACUCAACUGCUCCAUCCCAGGAGACUCGCACUUUUACUUCAACCUCCUGCACGCCACAAGUGACAUCAUCCACAUGCAAGGGCGAGACGUCAUCCUGGGCUUGUUCUCCACACCACCUAACAGCAUCCCCGGCUCUGCUGUUUGCGUGUUUGACAUGCAGCAGCUCGCUCAUGUUUUUGAGGGUCGAUUUAAAGAGCAGAAAUCCCCCGAGUCCAUUUGGACACCUGUUCCGGAUGAGGCGGUGCCUAAACCAAGGCCUGGGGGAUGUGCAGUGCAGGGAUCCAGAUUUAGCUCCUCAACCACGCUUCCAGACGAGGUGCUGAACUUUGUGAAGACCCACCCGCUCAUGGAUGAAACUGUCCCACUGCUGGGGCACAGACCAUGGGUGGUCAAGACAAUGGGAAGGUACCAGCUGACAGCCAUGGUGGUAGACACAGAAGCUGGGCCCCAUAAGAACCGUACCGUCUUGUUCCUGGGCUCCACCCGAGGGACCAUCCUCAAGUUCCUAAUGAUUCCUAGUGGAGACUCUGUCUCUCACAGCAGCGUGUUUCUGGAGGAAGUGGAGGGAUUCAACCCAGAGAAGUGUAGUGAGGACUCUCCUCAGGCCCGCCAGCUCCUGUCCCUGACUUUGGACCGAACCAGCCACACUCUGCUGCUGGCCUUCCCCUCCUGUCUGGUCAGAGUGCCAACAUCACGCUGCCAUCUCCACUCACGCUGCAUGAAGAGCUGUCUGGCCUCCAGGGAUCCAUACUGUGGUUGGACCAAAGGCAGCACCUGUUCCUUCCUGAGACCAGGCACACGUAUUCCUUUCCAGCAGGACGUGGAAUAUGGAAACACCAGCUCCCAUCUGGGAGACUGUGAUGGAAUCCUUCAGCAGAGUUUGCUGAUUGAACCAGAGAGCUUGGUGUCCCUCAACCUCCUUGUGGCAUCAGCGGUUUCCGCCUUCACCAUCGGGGCAGCCCUGUCUGGACUCGCCGUGUGCUGGAUCAUGGCCCACAAGCCUAGCAACCGUCGCCAUGGCAGCGCCUCCCAGUCCUCCAUCCAGCGGCGCGAAAGAGGUCUGCUGAGUAACGCCGGCGGGAUGGCGGGAUCUGUGCUGAGCGUGACACGACAAGGAGGAGGAGAGCACUCCUGCUCGCAGGGUGGGGAGACCCUGUUCGUCAUGCCUAACGGCUGGGUGAAGUCCGGAGAGCUCGACCCUGGGUUCCUGCCCACCCCAGAGCACACACCCCAGCAGAAGCGUAGAGGCCUUCGACUAUCUGACUCCAACUCUGGAGGUUGGGACACCAGCCAAACGUACCUGGGGGGAGGUUCUGUGGGCCUGGGUUCGCCCUGCCGCAUGCCCCCCUCUGUCUACCUGACCACCAGACUCUUCCAGCAGGGUGGAGGCGGGAGACACAACGGUGAUGGCCGUGGGAACGACACUCUACGCCAGCAUUAUGUCUGUCUGAGCAAACAGGAAAAAGCAGUGAAGGGUACACCCAAAGCCCCGCUCAGGAAGUCUGCAGGAGAGUACGUCUACCCCAUGACCCCCCAGGACUCGCCUGAACGUCGGAGGGUGGUCUCAGCACCCAGCGCCCCCAUGGAGUACAGCGAACCGCUGCCUUUGCGUUGGCCAGCCCCAGAAGGGUACAUCCUCAGCAGCCACGGGAUGGUCCCUGUUCCCCUGCCCCCUCCUGUCAUGCCUCCCCCUAGUGGUCAGGGUUAUGUGUCCCAGCAGCACACACCAGGUCUGAGCCGGGCUCUGCUGAGAAGCGCCCUGGAGCGGGGGGAGCUGGGCGAGCUGGUGGAUCUCAGUCAUCUAAUGAGUAAGAAAAACUGUGGCGAUAGAACUCAGACCGGCCAAUGACUGAGGAGGAAAUGAAGGAGACGGGAUUCUGUCCACGUGUGGAGCUCUUAUUACCUUAGAUCUCUCUUCCUCCUCAUCCUGUCAAUCCCUCUCUCCUUCCCAUUCUCCCCAUCCUACAUAUAGAUCUCACUGUCACCUAGCUCCCUCUCUUCGCUGUCAGCCUCUCAGGCAACCCUCUUCGUCCCGUAAUGAGUCUUUCCGUAUGACUGGCUGCUGGCUUUGCCACUCAUAUCCAGGCUCACACUAAUUGGUCAGAUGGACUGAGGUUGUUGCUGUGUCUGCAAUGCAGAGUUGCCUCUCUCUCCGGCAGCAGAACGAGGGAGAAGAAGGGAUGAGGAGGAAAGAUAGACAGAAAGAAAACCCAAAUGGGGAGCAGAGCAGAUGAGGACAGAGACUUAGAGACUUCUUCCUCUCUGCAAAUUGACUGAGGCUGCAGAGCCAGGAGUGGGACGCCGAGUCCCUCCUUUGUAACAUUAACAGGACUGCCAGCCAGCUGUUCCCAUCUCUAUUUCCUGUUGGUCUGAUUGCCAACAAGGUACUUGAAGGAAAAUUGCAAAUUCUGAACAUCAUAAAAGUCUAGAGCUCGAGGUGACUCAUCGGGCGAACAUUUGAGUCAUUCGUGACCAAACAGAUGAAUCAAAGCUAAAUAACUGCUCUGGUUUUUUGCAUUAUUUCUCCUUCCUGCAAACAUCUGCUUACUUGUACAGGUGGGUCUUCGGUAUCCUAUAGAAAAAGCAUGACUUGUGUGCCAAAUGCCUCUAAGUUGUCUCGUAGGGAUAUGGGGCCAUAACUCAUGUCCGUGGAGAGCAGAGAACAGGACUGACAUGUCAGCAGUAUUCCUGCCAACCGUACGCUCUCUGGAAUGACGGCGUCUCAGCUGUUUGUCCCCCCUGCCCCCCAUUCUCUUUAACGACCAAUAAUUCCUCAAGGGCGUCAGGUGGGACUGGACCGAUGUGAAAAUCCCAACCGGAAAAUAUAUAGAAUAACUGCACGGCAAUGCGUUUGUCUCUGUAGUUUUGCUCAAACCAAGUUAAAGACGUGUUUCUUGGGUUAGAUUUGUUCAUAAACCCACUUUGGGUCAAGACCCAAUGAAUGUGUUUGGUGUUAAGUGACAGUUCUGAUUGAAGCCUCAGAGCCAAUAGGGCUAAUGGAAAUGAUCCCAGCAGACAAAUGGACCCAUAAAUUCAACCUAUCAAAGUGUCCCGUGCCAUAAAGUGUGUUUGGAUCGACCCAACAUGAGGUUGCAUGGCAGCACAGACUGAAGCAAUUAAAACGUUUAUUUGGCUUGAUUUGUCCAUUUGUUCAUCGACCAAUGAAUGCUGUCCCGUGCUGACUCCCCAUUGUGUACAGCAGCAUCGAGUUUUAAAUGUAAAUAGAAAACUGCUCAUGUAAGAAUUAUAUAUAAAUAUAUAGAGGCAGGUGUUAGCUUGCAAGUGAACAUUUAUCUUUCAGUUCAUAAAUGUUUUUUGUUUUGUUAUGUUUUUAUUCAGUCGGCACCGACGUGGAUUUCACCAAGUCACAAGGGUGUCUUUCUCACAUCGACGUGCCAAACCAAACCGAUGGAAGACUUUGUGAUGCCUGAUUACUGAAGCAAAAAAUAUAUAUAAAAACAAACUGAAAGUAAUGCAUCUUAAAGUGCCAUAAUGGAACCAUAUCUAUCAGCAGUGCACCUUUCCCAUGUACUGUGGUUUUAAAGAACUCUUAUUGCAGUAUAUCUGUGAUCUGUAUGCCUUUGACCUUACAUGCUGAAUAUCUGUUUUAUUUUGUUUUUUUUUUUCAUUGAUGUUGACUCGUACUGUUGGGAUAACUUGUCCGGUUUGUCCAUCUGGAAGCUUCUGAGGGUCCGUCCACCUCAUGCCGUACCCUGUAAAUAUGUAAUACGGACAUUUUAUCACACGCCGUGUUGAUGUGUUCUCCUACGCCAUGACAGGAACUGUGUUUGCUCACAUUUUAUAUCAAGUUCUUACCUAAACCACUGUGUGAGUUGCUGGUUUCCCUGAUUUUGGAGGUUUCGUCCUGGUUUACACUCUAGUGAUUGUCGUGUCUUUCAUUCCCGACCAAACUGCCAUACUGAGGGUUCUUGGAAAAUAUUCUUCGGCAGCCUAAGGCGAACGAAUGUGCCUCAUUCUUUUUGUUCAGUGGUCAUCAUGCUGUGCAGUAAUAACGAAAAGCACAAAAUGUUUCUGUAUCUUGUUUUCAAAGGAGCUGUAUCAUUUGUGAAUAGUGUAAAUAAUCACAUUGAAUGUAUCAUGUAUCACUUUAGGGGUUUUGUUGUUUUGAGGACAGGGGACGGCCUGUCUUUUCCCCUCUAAGACAGGGCCGUGUUUAAAGUGUGAGGCUCUUGUUUUUAUUUUUCGGUGACAAUGCUGUGAAUAAAAUGUAUGUAUAGUACCUACGUGACUUUGGCUGAACACAGAGUUCAGCAGGUUCCUUCCUGUUCUUAGAGUUGGGUUCGCAGACCUGACCUCAGUCGGAGCUGAGCCUUUCUCUCAUUUGACUGAUGCCUGUAACGUUUCUGCAGCUGCUAAGCUGCUGCUGAUGUAAUUAUCAGUAUUGCUAUUAAACGGCACUAUAUAACUGACUGCUAAAGGUGUCGGGCGUGCUGCAUCCACUCGCUGAAAUAAACACACAAAAUCUCUCAAAUGCA